AUGGAAAUAGAUGAAAAAGAUAAGGAAACACUUAAUGAUCAAUCGUAUUGUUCUCAUCAACAACAAAUAAAUGAAGAGAAAGAUGAGGUCACGCAAGGGGAAAAGCAACCUGUUGAUAAGAUGAUUCUUCUACAUCAGGCAUUAUCACAAGCUAGCGUUACACGAGCUAAACGUUGCAAACAGCAACGAUUAGCACUGUCUGAAAUGAAGAAAUGUGAUAAAAACAACCAAUUGUCAAGUAAUCUAUCGGAAGAAACACUUCAUGAAACUAGUGAAUUCGUCGAGGCGUGUUCAUCGGCAAUCAAAAAUCACAAAUUAUUUCCCAUUGUUGAACUAAUGUCAAAAAAAUGUGAAGCAGCGACCCAAAAUUUCUCAGAAGCAUCAUUCAUGAUGGAUGACGUUUUUCAGCAACUGGCGGAAAUGAUGUCGAAUGGUGAUGGAUCAUUGGGAAAUAGUGAACUUGAUGUAUUUUUAAUCAACUCUAUAAUUAUGCUUCGUUUACACUUGCUAGAAUUGGAAAAAGUUGCUGAAUUAUGCGAUGAUUUCAAAACAAAAUAUUUGCAAACGCUGAGGAAGAAAAUAACUCAGGAAUCCAUGAUUGGAUAUAAUGGUGAUAGCGAUGAUGACUUAUGCAAUUCAUCUCCAGAACUAUCAGAACAGUCGAAAAAUCGAGCAGGACAGCAAACGAUUGCAAUGAUGUCUACAUCGAAAGGAAUGCUUUCCAUACCUCUUUGGAAUGCGAUAUCUUCACAUUCAUCAUCAGUGCAUAGUUCGUUAUCACAUCAAAAAAUUUCAGAAUGUUGUUCAUCUUCCGGCACUCAAAUUGCAGAGAAAAGUGAUGUGCAAGAACCAAUUGAAGAAGAUAACUCAGAUUCGAAACGGAAAACUCAAUUGCCAACUAAAGCUGUCGAACUACUUAAAACUUGGCUCUUUUUGCAUUCUUCCCAUCCUUAUCCGAGUGAAAAAGAAAAAGCGAUGCUAUCACGAGAAACCGGCUUACAAAUGGUUCAAAUCAACAACUGGUUUAUCAAUGCUCGUCGCAGGAUAUUAGUACAAUCGAAAGAAAGCCGUGAUGUGGAUUUCAUUCAAGAACCAAAUUCUAACACUGAUUGCACACUCAUUCCAAAGAGGAUACGUAGGUAA